GCUCGAGCUGUCCUUGAAGUCAUCCCCACUAUUAGGUGUACGGUCUCAUUACAUUUUUUUUUUCUUCAUAAAGAACUCUCCUUAGAUAAUUACAGAGUACAAUAAUUAACGGCAAGUAAUGCGAAACGCAUCGAGUUCGCCGUUCCGCCGCGAGGGCGCGGGAGUCGCGGUCGCGCUUGUCAAUUUCUGCGUCGUUCUUGUCUGUCUUGUCAACGCUAUUUGCACGGGACACUCGCAAGCACAGGACCUGCGCGCGUGACAGAAAGAGAUAUUCCCAGAGAUAGCGACUGGUGUCUUCGCGAUUCCACCGUCAAUGGGAAUCGGCCGGGAUCCAAAUCUGUUCCUCGACAGGACGACUUCGACGCGAUGCGUGCCGCCGUCCGGGAGGUAACCGCCGACUUGGCUUUCUGCCCCAAAGUUUAGCGACGUACGGCCAUCCGCGGAGCCUCCGUCUCCUUUCCGCACUGGAACCCGCAGCGGGCGUAACAUGUCGCGUCAAAACAAAAACAAGAGCCGAGAACUGUUGAGGUCCGUCAACGUUUAGGUUAGCCUGAAGAACUUCUGGUUCUGCGGUCGGAAAACCAGACUUUACGACGGAUCCAACGAGGAUCAAACUGCAGACAGGUUUGAAAAUUAAGCCGUAAGACUACAAGGAAUCCGGCCCAGAAAUUGCUGAAAAUGCUGAGACCUCUUCUCUGGGAAGAAGGUACAAUAGAGGACAUGGACUAGGUCUUGCCAGAUGAAUCGAGGAAGAAAAAACAUCGUAGGCUGAGACGAGUCAUGGUGAAAGUGUCGGAUACUUGACAUGGGGAGAUCGUAGUAACGAGAGAGCAUGUAUCGAGAUAGAGACUCCCUGAUCGAGUGUUGGGGUAUGAAAUUUGAAUUGACUCAGUGUUCGCAGUGAAGCGAGACGAUGCAGGGGCUGGUAGAGUCAAGUGGAAAAAUUCAGUUUCGGAGGAGAGCGAAGCAAGUCCGGAGAUGUCAGGCUGAAGUGGACGAUUAUGUGGAGGAGAGGGUUAAGAAGAGCAAUAUGGACAUUAUAGAAACCAAAGCAGGAUUUAUGGAGGUGCAUAAUCUUUGAGAGGAGGACAUUGGCUCCGUGGUUACAAAGGAGUUCUUUGAACAGCCGAAGAGAUAACUAGAGAAGUACCGUAGUACCGGUUGGAGGUGGGACUAGGCCACGUCGAUCAGGGGAUGCCUAGUCUCCGUUCGCUCGUCAUACGACGAGCUACACCCAUGGAUAUGGGAGCUGCAACCAGUUCGGUCACCACCGUUAGUACUCCGGCAAAGAAUGGAGUCGGUCAGAAGAAGGUGGAUAAGGCGAACAAGCUGACUGGAAUACGGUUGCCACUAUUGAGGAAGGAGCCGAGCGUGACCAACCUUUCUCCCCCCGAGAGGACCGUAGCGAGCAAGGGAGCGGAGGCUCCCCUGCUGAGACCGGAAAGCAGUGCCAGUCUGGAGGCUCGCAGUGGUGGCAGUUGGUUGAAUCUGGGACCCGGUGCACUUAGGAGAUGCGAAACCGCAGUGGGACUCAGUACGUUGACACUCGAGGGUCGACCUGUCAAUCGCAGUCGUGUUUGCUCUCGCUGCUCUAGUCUACUAUCCCUAGCUUCUAGUUCUCGCUACAGUCUGGCUGCUGGAAGUUUCGUCCCUGCGGUGCAGCAGUCUGCGGGACGAUUUCUCUGUAAACUCUGUCUCUCCGAUGUGUCCAUUUCGGACACGUUUAAAAUCGAAAGCUGUGGCUGUUCCUACUGCAAAGAUUGCAUGAGAUCCUACGUGGAGUUCGAGAUCGAGGAAGGGGCCUACGACAUCAGCUGUCCCGAUGCGCAGUGCGAGGAUGCUGGGGUCCUGUCCCUGAAGGAGAUCACGUCCCUGGUUACCCCGGAACUAAUGGAGAAGCAUCAGAAAUUCCGCCUGAACCGAGACGUGUCAAUGGACAAGGGCCGUGCGUGGUGUCCGCGCGCCGGCUGCGAGACGAUCUGCUCCGUGAACGGACACGGGCGCAGCGGAGGGACCCUAGGGCCCGUGCACUGUCCCACCUGCUCGACGGACUUCUGCUCGAUCUGUCGAGAACCCUGGCACGGAGGAGGCCCCUGCUCCGACCUGCCCCUCGGCAUCCCCUUCGACAGCGACUACAUCAAGUGCUGCCCCAUGUGCUCGGUCCCGAUCGAGAAGGACGAGGGCUGCGCCCAGAUGAUGUGCAAGCGGUGCAAGCACGUCUUCUGCUGGUACUGUCUGGCUUCCCUGGACGACGACUUUCUGCUGCGCCACUACGACAAGGGACCGUGCAAAAACAAGCUGGGCCACUCGAGGGCCUCGGUGAUCUGGCAUCGGACUCAGGUGAUCGGCAUCUUCGCGGGAUUCGGGCUACUCCUGCUAGUGGCCUCGCCGCUCCUGCUCCUGGCUGCCCCCUGCAUAGUGUGCUGCAAGUGCAGGAUGUGCGGCUCCUCGAGGCUCGACCAAGAGGAGGGCCCGCACGAGGACGCGCCCUCGUAGACGUCGGCCAGGAGCUCGUGGAAAGGAAGGACGAGCCUAAGCUGCAUCGGGUUUCGAGGUCCAGGGGUCCCCAGAAGUCGGGAGGAACGGGCUCCGCCCGGUUGCGACGCUUUCGACCGCUGAUCGAAAUCCGCCGGACAUACGAUCGGGCCAGAAAGGGACGUCGACGGGAGGGGGAAAGGAUAAGGUUGCGGGGGAAAAUCUCGAGAUGUAUAUGUGUAUGUAUAUGUGUAUGUCGGGUGACACGUAGCGAAUCGCGCGAGGGUGCGAGUACGGUCUUUCCCGAUGUCCAAUGACGAGGCCCCCUCGCUGCAGCGGGCCGACCGUGGUUACCGCGGGCGUUGACAAGUCUUGUACGAUAGACUCUAGGCGUGGGGGUCGCGUCGACACGGUGGGGUAAUUGCUCGCCCCGGUGCGUACUCGGUACCUCGUAAGGUGGACGGACGUUUCGAGGACUUUUUUUUUUUUAAGGAUGCGAUGAAUCCCGGGGCACCCAGGUUACUCCUUAAAAUGUCUAGCGCCGAGGAAAAGUACUCGAAGUGUCGGAAAUGCGGCGUACGUGCCCACAGAUACAUUCCACGGCGUUGCGUGCCCUCGUUCGGGAGCGCGACGAGCGAGAUAGGGUUUCAGGUGUCGGAAAGUCAAUGAUCAUAAGUUGUAUUCGUUACGUCUAAGUAAUUAAUUAAGUGACGACCCUCCUUCUUCUCGUCGCACUCGCCGGUGCAUCUCAAAUAGCGUCGCGACAAGUGUUAUCGCACGCGAGUUAGACCGACCGGGUAUCUAUCCUCGAACGGUCUAGGACCGAGGGAUAAUGUAUAGUUUCCGUGCUCUUACCGAUGUGCGCCAAAUCUCAAUAUUUCUUGUUUUACCGUAUAUCGUCUCUUUUUUUUUUUCUUUUUUAACCGAGGACGUGCGAGUCGAGAGAGGCGCGAAACGAAAAACCGAACGCGGUGUACUUAAAGAAAUCUAACUUUUACAGGAUUGCUCGUAUGACCCGUAAUCUCAGUACAGGAAUCUCCCUUUUCUUCUUCGUAUAUUUUUAUUUUUAUGUUUCCUUCGUUAUCAAGGUCUUCCCGAUAGUACGUACGUGAUACAGAUAUAUAUAUUCCUUGCUUCGCGGGGGGAAAGGGACAAAGUAAACCGACUGAUUAUUUUUAUAACUCUCGCCGAUUGUUUUCUCGUUCUUAACAGAUUACUCGUUCUACCGGUUCAACCGCCUAGAGGACUCGUUCGCGAUUAUUUCGCCCGAUUUCAUUUAGGGAUUUUGUUCGACGACCGAUCCGCGUCGAGCGACGUUUAUGUAGGACGGUUAAUGCUAGCGAUUAAUCUCCACCCAUUGCAAUGUAUAGACAUCACCGUGAUCCGUGUAUAUGUAUAUAUAGAGAGAAAGAGAGCACAGUUUCUGUAAACGUCAGUCUCGGGGACGACAAUCGGCAGCGAGUUAUUUUACGGAUUGCGACGACGUUGUUAAACACUGACCAAGGAACGGCUCCGAUUGCCCCGAGUUUUGCAAACGACGACGAAAGUUUCGAUUCCAGUUUUUUAAGUCUUCCAGUCAUUAUCGAAAACGCAAUCGAAGGGAAUCGACGGGCGAGUCCAGAAUCGAUUCGGCGAUUGCACGGGGCCCGCUUUGUAAAAAGUUGUACAUACGUAACGUUACCGUGUACAAGAGCGAGAGUCGGGGAAUUUUUGCGAAGCCAGGGACGUCGACUUGAAUUAAUGCGAGGUGUUUUAUUUUAUUUUUUUCCCGGACAUAGUUAAGAAAAUAAUAGAGGAUCCACGUGCAUUUCUCCUAUUCUUUAAAUUCCCCCGCUCGAUCUCCGCCGAUAGCGCUGGUCUUUUAUUUCUAUUCCCUUUCUUUCUGUCUUUUUUGGUUUUCUUUCUCCAACUCUUCACUUAAUUUUCAGACGCGCGACUAAUCCGCGAUCAAUCUCAAUGGGGCUUUCUUUUUCUACUCGCGUUAAUUAAGAAUUAAUUAAUCGGGGACCUCGUGAUUACUCGUAACUUAAUAUGUGAUAAUCUUCAUGUCGGCUUAAGUUCUCGAACGUAGCCCUAAGUUCGUUAGAUAAUCUCGAUGAAAAGUCUAUUUUGAACGGCCGUGGGCGCAUCUGAUAUAAAUAUUUCUUUUUCGGUUCACCCGGCUGCACAUCGUGUGUAUAGAGAAUUUAAAAAAAAAUAUAUAUAUAUAUAUGUUAAGCCAUUCCCUAAACAAUGACGCACCCGUGUAACGCAGUAAUACCGCAAUGUGUCGCCGUAUGUACCUUGCCAUUCUCAAGAAAUAGUAAUAUAUAUAUAUAUUGAAAACCAUUGUCACGGAAGUGCGAGCUAGCAGUUAAAAAUGUAACGCGUCAUCUCCGAGCGCGAGUUACAAUGUGAAGGGAAAAGGGAUGACAAAGGAGAGAGAGAGAGAGGAAUCAAGUGAUCCACGUGCUGUGAUUAUCGUGUCAAAACUUGGAUAAAUUGCUGCCAGGGUAAUUCACCGAAAAGUCAAGGGAGGAAGGGAGGAGAGAGGGUCGCCAAGGUGUUCAGAGUUGCAUUUAAAAGAUACAAAUGACUUUCGAGUUCCCCGGAAUUCGUUCUCGUCGAAGACUUUCCCUCUCCUCUCUUUCGUCCCCCUUUCCCAUUGAUUUCGGGUGAAGCGAUUUUUUUUUUCCCGUCCUCAAAUUCGGUUGUGAGUGGACUCGCGUUCUCGCAUCUCAUUGCGCCCAUUAGAUAUGACAUUACCUUUAAGCGUUGCGUUACUUAAGGCCCGCGACCACGCCUGGCGGCAGUUCGAAAGAGUACGACAAAGUAAUUAGACCUUUGCCGCAUUAAUUCCUAGCAUCUGCGAAUACCGAAUGCGAUGACUACUUUUGACUCGUCGAGCUCGACCAACGAGUUGGGGAGGGAAAAACAAAAGGGAGAAGGGCGAGAAAGAAACAAACGUACUACAGUUCUAAAAUGCGAGCCGAGAUGUUUAUCGCGCAUUCUGUAUAGGAGAGUAUUUCUAAAGAUGCCAAAAGGAAAAGGAAAAGAAAAUAUUUCGUAGCCUUCGACGCCUUCGAGCUGGACUCAAAAUCGGUGAAAGUAGCACUCCUAGUUAGGCUUAAGGGGGCACUCUAUUGGCAAAAUUGAAACUACUCAAUUCUACUCCGUAGGUGUUAAAAUAAAAUCAUACCGAUCACAGUUAUCCCGUAAAAAUUAAAGGUGCACUCUAUUUUUCUCGCGCGGGACUUCGAGUCGGUUUCAAUUUUGUUAUCGGGGCAGUUAUUCCUGUAAAUAAUUAAGGUAAGGUCCGGACGAUCCAGCUGACCUCGCACUCCGUGUACGCGUAUUUUACAUAGUGUAACGCGCUGCUGUAACAAUGUUGCAUACUUAUGUCGUCACCGGGCGGGCUAGAACGAUCGAACGUUUAAUUGUUCCGAGGAGUUUGUGUAAAUUAAAAGGCGCAUUUUACCGA